AUGCCUGUCAAGCGAGAAGCUGACCCGAGCUUCAUCAAACCUGACCCCGGCAAGCGCAUCAAAAGAGAGGGUGGCGAUGGCAACUUCGGUCUUUCCUCCAUCCCUUUGGCCCCUACCCAUGCCCACACUGCAUCUGGAAUCUCUUCGGCCGCCGCGCCGAAGUUUGAGGGCGGAGAUCGCAAGCCUCUUGCUCCGGCUCCCAACUUCGGCGGCAGCCACCCAAUGAACGUGCGCAAGAGGAAGUUCGGCGGCAACUCCAUUAAAGCCCGCCGGGAUGACGACUUGGUGUCUGCUCAUUUCGACAGAAAGACCAUGAGCGUCGAAUUCGACGUGACGUUCAGGCCAGGAAAGAAGUGGUGUUCGGUGGAAGUCGAGCAGGAGAUUUUUGACAGGCUCAACAAGGCAAAGUUCGACAUCCAGCCCGUGGAGGAUUGGGGUUUUCUCGACCGCAACUUGCUUGUUAGGUCGCCGAGCAUCAACUAUAGAUGCCGGGUGAAGGUCUACAGCACGAGCGAGGAGAAGGUCGAAAACUUGCCACCCGUCGUCAAGAAGCAGGAGCGCUCCACCCAGCCAAAGAACGAGAGUUUUUAG